UUCCGGGCGUACAACAACAUGCAAGCACGGAGUCCACUCUUGACGCAGUGGGAGACAACACUCAUAAUAUACUUCCUCGGAGACCUAUCCGCGCAAACCGUCCAAACAAACGCCUACACCGAAGCCCGAUACGAGCCCAUUCGCGGCUUCCGCGCCAUGUUCAUCGGCGGCAUCAUCAGCAUCCCCAGCUACAAAUGGUUCCUCUGGCUAGGGCGCAACUUCAACUACGCCUCGCACCUGAAGAGCCUCGCGGCGAAGAUCGUUGUCUCACAGAUGCUCUUCACGCCCAUCUUCAACACGUACUUCUUCAGCAUGCAGACGCUCCUCUCUGGCGGGAGUCUCAAAGACGCGCGGGAUCGUGUGGUCGCCACGGUGCCGGUGAGCUGGAAGAAUAGCUGGAAGCUUUGGCCGGCGGUGACGGCGUUUACGUUUACGUUUAUUCGCCCGCAGAAUCGGAGUGUUUUUGCGGGCGUGGUGGCGAUUGGGUGGCAGACUUAUUUGAGUUGGUUGAAUCGG